CUCACAGUGACUCGCUGAACUUCAGAGUUAACCAUAGCUCGGGCUCUUUCUCCUUUCAGGUUGUUCAUCUCCAAGAACGAGCAAUACCCAAACUGAAGGAAAAUACAUUGCACAAAAUAUUAAGAAAACUCCUUUUUGAAAAACAAAUUUCUUCGGAGAAGCUGAUUUCCUUUGGCUAGCAGGAGAAAGUGGAGAAAAUGAAGCCAAGUCUGCGAUUUUUCUUAGCUGGUUUUCUGUUUUUGAUUCUGCAGACAGGACUUUGCUAUGGGAUAAAAUGGAUAGCUCUGUCCAAGACUUCUUUGGCUUUGGCCCUGAAUCAAACCCAGCACUGCAAGCAGCUUGAAGGCCUGGUGGUUUCUCAGGUGCAGCUGUGCCGCAGCAACCUGGAGCUGAUGCAGACCAUUAUUCAGGCAGCACGGGAAGUGAUAAAGACCUGCCGUAAAACUUUCUCAGACAUGAGGUGGAACUGCUCUUCAAUAGAGCUGGCUCCUAACUACCUGCUGGACUUAGACAGAGGCACAAGGGAGUCAGCAUUUGUAUAUGCCCUCUCUGCUGCUGCCAUCAGCCACACCAUUGCCAGAGCCUGCACCACCGGGGACCUCCCUGGCUGUUCCUGUGGUCCCAUCCCAGGUGAGACACCUGGACCUGGGUAUCGAUGGGGAGGAUGUGCAGACAACCUCAACUAUGGUCUUAUCAUGGGGUCCAAAUUUUCAGAUGCUCCCAUGAAGAUGAAAAAAUCAGGAUCACAAGCCAAUAAACUGAUGCAUCUGCACAACAGUGAAGUAGGGAGACAGGUCUUGAAAGCCUCUCUUGAAAUGAAAUGUAAGUGCCAUGGGGUUUCUGGGUCAUGCUCUAUCAAGACCUGUUGGAAAGGCCUUCAAGAACUGCGAGACAUUGCAUUGGACCUCAAAACCAAAUAUUUAUCUGCCACCAAGGUUGUUCACCGGCCCAUGGGCACACGCAAAUACCUUGUGCCAAAGGAUAUUGAUAUCAGGCCAGUCAAAGAGACAGAGCUGAUUUACCUGCAGAGCUCACCUGAUUUCUGCAUGAAGAAUGAAAAAGUGGGGUCACAUGGGACCCAGGACAGACAAUGCAACAAGACUUCCAAUGGGAGUGACAGCUGCGACUUGAUGUGCUGUGGCAGAGGCUACAACCCCUACAUGGACAAAGUGGUGGAGCGUUGCCACUGCAAAUAUCACUGGUGCUGCUACGUGACCUGUAAAAAGUGCGAGAGGACUGUCGAGAGAUACGUGUGCAAAUGAAAACUCUCCUCUGCACACCUGGGAGCUAAGACAGCAGCAGCACCCCAGCACUACUCAGAGAAAACAUCUCCUCAACUAGACAUCGUUUAUCUUGUAAAGACACAGACUUGAAGAGAGAUGGUAGGAGUAACCACCAUCACACCAGUAAAAAUAAGAACGUAAAAAAACCUCCCAAAAAGCAACAAACCCACAAAUGUUUCUCUUCACUAAUAAAAUGCUCUCUGAGAAGACAAAACUUCAUUUGGGAUGGUAUCUUCUUCCAAAAUAUUUCCUAUGGUUGCCAAUGAUGUCCAGCCAUGAAGUGCCUUUGUAUUCUGAGAAAUAAAUAUAGAAACUUUCCCUGGGGGGAAAGAAAAGCACCAUUUUUUGACAAGAAGGCUCACACCUGCCCGUGCCUUCUAGCACGAGUACUGAGUCUCAAUUAGGACCAUCCCACAAGGGAAAAUGCUACAACUUUUCAGCAAUAACUACCUUUGUUGCCAAAGACUUAAUUUUCAGCAAGGAGUCAUCCAUUCUGAGUGAUAAAAAAGUGGAAAGAUUUCAGGUCAAUCCCCUGAAAUGAACAACUAAUUUUAAUCUUUCUUUUACACAAGUCUGCGACUUUGAACUGAUUGCUGGAGGAAAAAAUAUAUCCUUGAUUUGUCCAGGCUGGACAAAAUUCAGCCAUGAAAAAAAAUCCCCUGGAACCCUGGAGGCAGUGAGAGUAGGGUAGGCUGAGAAGGACUUUAUGGGGUCCACAAACAGCACUGGAGCCUUUAGGAUAAAAUAACAAAGUGAAAUUCAAGUCCAGCAGAAAAGUAAAGAAAAAAGCAAGCUCCUGCUCUCUAUCUCUUUGCCCUUUGGGUGUGACACCCUUUAGUCACUGACAUUCUUCCACAUUGAUCCAUCAAAUCCUUGAGGAAAUAUGCAACUGGCUUCUUCCCCCACAAAACUAUUGGUCCAACCUCAGGAAACUGCAGAGAGUGGAGCAGUCCUGGUUGUAGGGAGCACAUCCAUGGAAGUCAGCAGCUAUUCACAGCAGGAAGGAAUGGGAAUGGGUCAGUCCUUCACAUGGCUCUGCCCUGACACAGCAGAGAACCACUAUCUGUGGCUGUACAUAUUUUCUUUUGUAUGCAGAUAUACAGAAAUAUUUAUAUCUUGUGCUUUCAUCUACGUUACUCCCUACAUAAAUAUAUCCUUCUAUUAUAAGCAAGCAUUAACAAUAGUAUGAAAUAAAUGCUGAAGUUACUGGUGCAACAGCAAAAUGUUAGAUUAUUGUUUCACACUUCUACUUGGAAAACAAUUCUGAUUUUUCUACAAGGAUGGGAAAAGAACAUGGUUUGAGGCACUCACUGGCAUAGGGAUAGAUAAGUUUCUUUAUUCCCUGCCUCCCCAGCCUCUUAAUGUUGACCAGAAUUAGCCAAGAUACAGUCAAGACAAUGAAACAGAACACUUGGAGAAAGGCAGAGUCACCAUUGCUGUUCUGGUUUUUUUUAUCAUUGGUAAAAUUUCCUAGUGCCCCUGAGGAGCUUAAUAACAAACAUGACUCAUGUCUCUCAUGUCAUGGGUGGUUGGCUUCUGGCUCCUGCACAUGGAGAGGAGUUGCUGUGCAGGGCAGUUUUUAACAUAGCCUAGGCUCCCUUAUUUGCUUUUUUGUUUGUUAUUGUUUGUAGUUUUGUUUGGUUUUGUUUGUUUGGGGUUUUUGGUGUUGUUUGUUUGUUUUGUUUGUUUGCUUGGGGUUUUGUGAGAGAUUUUUUGUUUUGUUUUUUUAGUGGUCAUCCAGCCCUGUGUACUGAUUAUGAAAAGUGGUGUUGGAGAAGGAUGCUGCUCCAGGAACAGAAGGCAGCAGAGCUUCUGAUGUCUUUCAGAUCAUUCCUGAGCACCCCAACCCCAUGUAAAAUGCUGUAAGCAGCCAAAAAAAUCACUCCUACACAAAUGUAGAGGGACUCUGUCACUUUCCUAGGGGGAAAUAUGUCAGUAACACCACAAUCUUUCUCCAAAUCCUCUUUAUUUCCCCACUUAGUCAUUCCCUAGGGGCCAACUGCCUCUGACCUGUCUGUGAGCAGCCCUGGGGAAAUGGAAGAGAAAAGCAUCAUGUGCUUUAAGAGCAAACUUAGAGGUAUUUUGUUCUGUUCAGCUAUUUUGCUUAGCUGUAAUGGGUUUGGUCUUGUUGCCUCCUUCCACCCCCCAGUUAUGAGCAGGCAAAAAAAGGCCUUUCAUAGCUUGACUGUGGUUUGUGUUAUUAUCACCUCAUAAAAGCUGAUGGGCUAAAACAUCUCUGCAGUGCAGUGAUGAGUGGUGGGUGUCUUUAGGCUGACAUGCAGACAGGCUGGUGGCACAAAUCCCACUGCUCUCCAAUGCCAGAAUUUGGCUUCAUUUGAUACAUAAAGAAACCCUCUACUCUCAUUCUUUUAAGGAAUUUUAUGUUUAUUUCCAGUUUCUGAUGAUGCCAACAAGGCACAGAUGUUCUGACUGAAGAAAAAUUUGAGCAUUUCAAUGGCAAUCUGUAAUGACUUUUUCUUGCUCCCUUACUGAUGUCAUGAGUCUUUCUGCUUGGUGAAAAACUAGUAAAAAGAAAGAAAUGGUCUAUACAUACACUGUUUUCAGCUGCAUUUCACUCCUCCCAUGUCAAACCUGUGAUCCUUUACUGGCUUUCUCAUGUCAGAAGAAAUCAUCACCUGUAAUUAAAAGAAGUGAAUAAACCAAUUAGGCAUCUGCAGGUCUAUCAGGUGGGGAAAGGAACUCACAGCAGAACUUUAGCCAUGGUGGUAACACACACUUUGUCAUCUCAUGCCACAGAUGUCCAUUACUGAAGAUGUUGUCCUGAAAUGGCUGACUUGUUUGGAGUUUUGCAGUUUGGGGCAAACUGCAAAACUGCAUUUGGGGCAACGUUCAAAAUCUCUGCUGGCUUCUCGAGAUAAUCCAUCAUGGGCUUCAUCUGACCUUCCCUUCUUUGACAAAAGAGUCUGUAUGGUCCCAGCCCAUGUCUCAGGCUGUUAGUCUAUGAAUUAACAGUGUUACACUGCUUUUGCCAUAACUCCUAAAUUUCAGGGCCCUUUUCUUCUCUGGAGCAGCUGCACACUGCAUUAGGAGUGUGCCUAGGGUGAUGUACCUUCCUAAGGUGAGAAUCAUGCUCAGGCCAAGGUCUGAUAAACUGCAGCCUCCCUUGUUACACAGGCCUGCUUCAUCCAGCAAACUAGGGCCAUCUCAUCAGUUUGAUGGCUUUAAGCUGAGAUAAGGUAGGUUUAGAUUGGAUGUUAGGAAGAAAUUUCUCCCUGUGAGGGUGAUGAGGCUCUGGCACAGGUUGCCCAGAGAAGCUGUGGCUGCCCCAUCCUUGGAAGUGUCCAAGGCCAGGUUGGACAGGGCUUGGAGAAGCCUGGUCUAGAGGAAAGUGUCCCUGCCCAUGGCAGGGGGUGGAAUUUCUAAGGUCCACCACCUCUAAGGUCUUAUGAGCUUUUAAGGUCACUUCCACUCCAAACCUUUCUGUGAUUCUAUGAUGUCCCUCUGGAUGCUCUGGCAUUUCCAGAUUUUUUCAGAAAAUGUCUUUCUGUGAGCAGUAGACAGUACUUUCUGCUUUCCUUUCCUUUUAACAAGAACUAGGAAUAAAGGGAGUAGCUGUAAUCCAGGGCCAUACUGGUGGAACCACUCCUAGUACAUCUUUCUCCUUGAAACCUGUCUCUGAUGCUUCACUCCUUGCAUCAGCAGCAAAGUGCAGAGAGGCCAGAAAAGUGUCACAUCUCUCAGUUUCAAUUAUCAAUACAACAGGGAUCCAAAACAGAAUGGCCAAGUUAUUUUUGCAGUCUAGAGGAAGAGGUCCCUGCCCAUGGCAGAAGGUUCGAACUGGAUGAUCUUCAAGGUCCAUUCCAACCCAAAUCAUUCCAUGAUUCUGUAAUUUUUUGUUGCAUGUGCUGUGUGAAAGAUAUCUGGGAGAACAUUUGUCACAAAUGUCCAGCUUUGCAAGGAAAAUACAUCCCUCCUUCCCUUUCUCAGGCCUUCAGCAAGCAGUUUUCAAGGCUUUGCUCUGAAACACUGAGAUCCUUCAGCUACUGCAGAAAACAGCUUUAAUUACUGUGGAUGUCUUUGUCAGGUGAUGCUGUAGUUCCCUUCUUAUGUCUUACCACAUCCCAGCAGAUGAUAUAAUUUGGCCCAGCUCUAUGUUGUACUACACAGUACUGUUGGUUUGCACUAGCUGACAAAAUACAUCUGAUUUAUUCCCACAAACACUAUUACUUCACAGCUUUACAGUAUUACCUCUGAUGGAAACUGCCAAGCUAUCCUGAAGAGUAUUAUGCUGGUGGCCUUGUAGUAUUUAUUAAUUUGAAAAAAAACAAAACAAUCUAUGAUUUAAUAAAACAGUGUGGACUUAAUUCUGUUUUCAGAUCUGAGGUUUACAUCUGUAUACAUCUGGCUGACUUCGGUUUUUUUUUGAUUAAUCCCCCCAUCCUUACCCCUUCCAGUUUUAUAUCAUUUAGGUUUCUCCAUAAGGUAGGCAAAUUCCAUUCAUUAUAAAAAACUUCCAUCUGAUUGUGUAUUUUAUUCUACAAAAAUAGAAAGUAUCUUAAUUAUACUAAAGCAGGCAGCCCACAAUAUUUCACAUGCAGCUAGAAAAGCCCUUGGUUAAGGGGAAGGGGAGUGAGGGAAGAAGAAAACAAUCUGAAUACAGUUAGAAGUGUCUCUGUCAGGAAAGUGAUAAAAGAGUCCCUCAGGGACCAUCCCUCUUCCUGCUAGAAAAUAGAUCCCUGUAGACAACCAUUAUCAUUCUCCAAGUGAGACAGACUUGUGCUGCCCAGCUCUGGGCUACCUGUUUGAGGAAAGUGCUGGGAGGAGGCUCUUGAGGUACUUGGGAAUAUGGGGAAUAAGAGGAAAAUUCAGGCCUGGGAUUGAUUGUGGUUAGACCUUCACCUGUGACAAAGGAUUUGCCUUUCCCUGCAUCAGACAGGGGGUUGUGAAACACCAUUGUUUUGUUCCCAAGAGCAGAUCGGAGCUAUAACAGGCAUGACUUUCUUCCCUGCAAGGGAGAUGGAGCAGAAAACAAGAUUUGGGAGAGGGGGAGAAAGAACAGGAAACUUAAAAUCCACCUGAGAUUAAUGACUUUAACAUGUACAACAUAUUUUGUUUUGUUUUACUCUCAGGACCAGUUUCAUCAGUCAGACAGAGUUUGAUUAAAUAUCUCAGCAGAGCUUUGAUUUAUUCAUCUAAAGAACAAAUUACCCUCUCUUCAUGGAAGCAACAUUAACUGUGUUUUCUAAUUGUGAGAGCAACAACAAUAAUAAUAAAAAUAGUAACAAUAGAA